AUGAAAGUCCUUGCUUGGAAUGCUCGUGGGCUUGGGAACCCACGAGGCAUUCGCCACCUCUGCGCUUUGACAAAGAGGGAAGCUCCCGACGUUCUUUUCCUUCAAGAGACCUGGCUUAGUGUUCGAGAUGCUGAAAACUGUAAGUUUAAACUUGGUUUUUCUAAUUGUUUAGCAGUAUGUUCAAAUGGUAGAAAAGGGGGUCUUGAUCUAUAUUGGGGGAAAGAAGUAGCACUUUCUAUUGUUAAUUUUUCUUCAAUUCACAUAGAUGCUGAAAUUAGUGAUGACAAUGUAGUUGGAGGGCGUUGGUUUUUAACAGCUUUGUAUGGGGUUCCCGAAACCCAUUUACGGCAUAGAACCUGGUCUCUCCUUAGGAGUAUUAGACGCUCACGUGGGGAGGCAUGGUUAGUCAUGGGUGAUCUGAAUGAAACGAUGUUCCAUCAUGAGAAACAGGGGGGGAAUCCUAAACCGGAAGUUCAGUUAUCUGCUUUCCGAGAUGUUGUUGAGGAGUGUGAGUUGCGUGACUUGGGGUUCAAUGGGUAUAAAUUUACGUGGUCAAAUAUGAGGGAAGGUUCUGCUUGUAUCAAUGAACGUGUGGAUAGGUUUCUUGCCAAUUCCACUUGGUGGAAUUCUUAUCUGAAUGCGAAGGUGGUUCAUGGCUUUGCGGCUUAUUCUGACCAUCUUCCGAUUUGGUUGGAAUUGGAGGGUGAUACAAAUUUUCUUCAUAGAAAGAAAAAACUAUUUCGGUUUGAGGAAAUGUGGGUUGGAAAUCUAGAUUGUGAAGCUAUCAUUAAGGAUACAUGGCAAAUGGGUAAUGUUUAUUCAUGA